AUGUCAGCCAAACCACUGAGUUCGAUUUCUCUAAGAAUGGAUCAAAAUUUUACUAGCGGCAGUGAUGCUAAUCUGGUUAUGUGGACUAUUGACAAAGAGGCGUUGUCUGAUUAUAAUUCGGCAAAAUCCAAGAAUCUAAAGGAUAUUUCUAGUUACUGGGCUACAAUAUACGAGGAUAACUAUUUUACCCUUUCUAGUAACCAGUCGUACUCAUACAAUUACGAACGCAGAAUAUCCAACCCACUUAUUCAAAGUGCUAGAAACGUACUUUCUGGAAACGGCCAACAUGCACGUCUACCAUUGAUAGACGGCGAACUUGUGCCAUACCCCAGCAACAGCAACACAGUUUACGCAACGAUAAACAUAGGCCCUAAAUCCUAUAUAGUCAUAACAGAAACUGAAAUCUCCAAUUUGUCAAUAAUUGAUAUACUUAGCGCUGUGGGUGGUAUGCACUCUGUUGCACUGGCUAUCUACAUAUGCUUAUUCGGCGCAAAUUCAAUGAAGCCAUGGGGUCUGACCCAAAAUCUGCCGUGUUGUCGCAACAAAGUUAGAUCUCGCCUUUACGACGGACUAGAGUACAAUAGUCUAUUCACAGGCUCCUUACCAAACGAUCUUUCGACCGACGCGAAAAUUGUAGAAAUAGGAAAAAGACAGAUUGCAUUGGAGUCGUUUUUAAAAGAAUACGUUGUGAACGUAGACAUCAUUGGGGUCGGUAGUAGUGCAAAUAGUGCAAAUGGUGCAAACAUAGGGGAAAAAUGA